AGCGAGCAGAGCCUGGGGAAUCGAAGAACAGAUCGGACCCCUUGCUCCCUGUCCUAGUCCCGCUGGCUGAAGCUGCUGAUGCUGCUUGUGGUCCCCAUCGCCCUCCGUAGCCCUCUUCCUGCCCGAGGCGUUCCGUGGACCCCUCUUCACACAGCUCUUUUGCCAUUCCCGCGAUGCCCCGCUCCGUGGCCGCGCUCUUGCUCCUGGCGCUCCCGCGCGCCCUGGGGCUCCAGCUCCAGGAGGGCGCGGAUCCGGAUCCAGAGCAGGCGCGGGAGGACGAGCUGAAGUACUCGACGGUCACCGGGCCAGCCUCGGGCGACCCGAAGAUUCUGGGACUGUACGGCAAGCGGUUCCAGAUCCACCGCCCAGGAGAUCACGCGCUGCUGGUUGUGCCCAACGCCAAGAAGCGCCACGGCAGCCUGCUGGAGGUGUCGGCUCUGGUUAAGGAGCUGGAGAUCGGAGACCCGUGCCUGCUGUUCAUCAAGAAGAUCACCCUGACCGGCAGCUGGCUCGGCGGCACGACCGUGCAGGUGCGCGCGCAGGGCACCAGCUCCGACUUCGCGCUGAAGGUGGACCCGAAGAAGCACGACAGCCCCUGGAAGCCCUUCAAGAACAUGACCGGGUGGGAGCAGUUCAUCCACAAGGACGAGGGCUCCGGCAUGGUCACCACUGUCAAGGGCGUGAUCGGCAGGCGCGAGGGCCACAGCGAGGACAUCAAGGGGCCCUUCGAGCACCGCUUCCUGUUCCGCGUGGGCACAGAGGACCAGAAGGCCAAGAAGCUCGAGAUCGACGUUUCGAUGCCGAAGCCCGGGCGUCAGUACUUGACCGUCAAGGUGGCGCACGUGAAGGGUCUCGGUGAGGAGAGGAGCAAGAGCCUGCAGGGCCUCCUGGGGCUCGACAGCAAGGCUGUGACCAAGUCCUACGAGACCCACCAGAAGAGCCUGGAAGUCCGCGAGGAGUGCAAGGACUCGGCCACCGGGACCAAGGCGUCCGAGCUGCUGGCACUGUCUGGCGGCCUCUCUCGCGCCAUCGCCCACUGGGAGUGAGCGCGGCCGCGUCCAGCCGUAGGAUGGCCCUUUGAUCAGGAUAUCACGUUUUGAGUAUUGGAACCUUCAGCUAUGAUGGCAGCGUGUGAACCCUUAAGCAGUCGCGUCGUGCCGCUAAAUUUUCUGCACAGCUUCGGGUGCAAUCUACAAGAUGCAACUUGUUCUGCAACUUACGAAACACAUUGCACGGGGCGCGACUUACGGUUAGCUCUUUCUGGGGUGCAACCUGCGGGGUGCAACUUAAGAGGUUGCAAGCUCCAAGUUGCAACCAUGUGGAGUAAGAUACGGGACGCUGUGCGACCCCAUGGGCGGGAGCACGGUGGAACGGCACUUUACAUCUUACCCUGCGGGUGGAACCAGAUGAGUGGGACCCCAUGAGCGGAACUCGUGUGCGCUCUGUUGUCUAUGGCCUGAGGGCCCUUCGCUCCAGACUCGCCAAUCUCUACCUCAUGCUCUCUGCCGUCCUACUCCCUACCCUCUGACCUCUACUUUCUGCUAUUUCUCCUCUACUCUCUACAC